AAUAUUUAUUCAAGGAAACAUACUUUAAUAAUGAAGCCAGAUAUCAAAGAUCGUGAAUACAUGUAUCGGCUGAUUAUUGGGCAGCUUUUCUACGAUGGUCAUCAACAAAUUGCCGUCAACCUCGCAAAUACUUUGGGAUGUUCUGCUCCAGCUCCGCCGCCUUCAGAUAAAUUGUUCAGACUGGUCACAAUUGCAAAGCAAUUUGUAGAGGAUCCAGAUUACAAAGCCGAAGAAAAAUCCUCGCCGAUGCAAUUCGAACCCGUCUCUUCGGGCUUGGAUCUCGAAUACGACGCUGAUGUGCAGCCAGUUUCUUCCGAGCCAUCGGAGUAUGAGACCAUCUACUUGACGGUUCACAAAGCUCCUUGUAGAGCAGCAGCGUUCAAUUCGGAUGGUUCCUUAGUGGCAACAGGUUCAGCAGAUUGCUCGAUCAAAAUUAUGGAUGUUGAGAGAAUUCUUGCCCGCGAGAAAGAGCACAGAGAAAUGAACGAAAAUGGUCCAGAUGCGCACCAUCCGGUGAUAAGAACUCUGUAUGAUCAUGUUGAUGACGUUAAUACUGUGAUCUUCCAUCCAAGAGACUCAAUUCUUAUCUCCGGAUCGAAUGAUAAGACUGUGAAGUUAUUUGAUUUCUCAAAAACUGCUGUUAAAAAGGCGAUGAAAACGUUGUCGGAAGUAUACCCAGUGCGUGCACUCUCGUGUCACCCAGGUGGUGAAUUUCUUCUUGUUGCAACGGAUCAUCCUACUGUUCGUCUCUACAACAUUGAAACAGCUCAGGCAUAUGCUUCAGCGAAUCCAGAUGAUCAACAUACUGAAUCUGUAACAGAUGUUCAUUAUUCUGAAAAUGCACGGCUCUAUGUAACGGCUUCAAAGGAUGGGCACGUAAAGAUAUGGGAUGGUGUGUCAAACAGAUGUGUAGAGACAUUCAAAAGAGCUCACGAUGGUUCAUCAAUCUGCUCAGCCAAAUUUACAAAGAAUGGAAAAUACAUAUUAACAAGUGGAAUGGAUAGUAUUGUGAAACUAUGGGAACUGAGUACUAAUCGGUGUUUGAUUGUCUAUACGGGAGCAGGAGCUACUGGAGCACAGGAUUUUGCCACAAACGCUUCAUUUAACCACAAUGAAGAUUACGUGUUAUUCCCAGACGAGAAGAGUGGAAGCAUGUGCUCGUGGGAUGCUCGCAAUUCCGACAGAAAGCGACUUCUUGCUCUAGGACACACAUCAGCGUGCCGAACUUUCGUUCAUUCCCCAUCCAUGCCAGCAUUCAUGACAGGAAGUGACGAUCAUCGUGCUCGAUUCUGGUAUAGAAAACCGGCAACAAAUGAACAUUGAUCUCCAAAUAAUCUCUGGUUUAUUGAAAAUUCGUUUAUUUACAUUUUUGUUAAUAUUAUUGGAAAUAAAUUAUUUAAAU